AUGAGUCUAUUUUUGGGCCUCACUUCUCUUUUGGUGGCAUUUGCUAGCGAAGCUAAGGCGGAUGAUGCGACGUACAAUGUAAACGCCAUCUGUACCUGUGACCAAAUGAUGCGCUACUAUGGGACCUCGCAUACGGGGCUCUGGGGUGGGUCAUGGUGGGAGUCUGCUAUUUUGAUGGCAUCUCUCGCCGACAUUUCAUCGCUCGACUCGACCUACAAUGGGACAUACUUUGGCACGUAUGCAACGACUUACGCCAAUGCACCCAGCUUCAAUGGCUAUACCGGUUUCAUCGACGACUACUACGAUGAUGAAGGCUGGUGGGCCAAUGCAUGGAUCUCCGUGUACGAUUUAACUAAGAACCCGAGCUACUUAGAUCUGGCUGUGAGUCUUUACAACGACAUUUCUGGCGGAGAGUCAACAUGUGGAGGUAUAUACUGGGAAAAAGGCCACUCGUACGUUGCUGCUAUCGCAAAUGAGCUCUAUAUCAAUCUUGCCGCUAGCUUGGCAAACCGAGCUCCCGAAGAUGCUCGUCAGGGCUAUCUGGAAGAGGCGAUGACCAAAUGGGAUUGGGUUUUCAACUCUGGCCUCGUCGGCUCCGACUGGCUCAUCAUUGAUGGCGUCGAUGGCGACUCCUGCGUAGCCGAAGGGAACAAAUAUUCCUACAACCAGGGUGUUAUUCUCGGCGCCGCAGUUGAGCUGUACAAAGCAACGGGAAACGCAACGUACCUUGAGCUUGCAGGAAACGUUGCUGAUGCUGUCACGGCGGCUGGCUCUGCAUUCACCAAUCAUAAUGGAGUCAUCACAGACUGCGACGGUGGCUGCGACGAUCAGGGAGAUAUGUUUAAAGGACCCCUCUUCCGUGGAUUGAGACAAUUGCAGCUUGCCGACCCCCAUAGUAACUGGGAGACUUGGAUCACGACAAAUGCCCAAUCGCUUUGGAACAAUGCCCUAAAUGUCACAGUUGUUGACGGGGCAUCCGAAUGCAACACCGGGGCCGAUUUUAGUGGCCCAAUGACAUCAGUGAAUGAAAUUACACAGGGAGCCGCUUUGGAUUGUCUUGUUGCUGCCUGGGCUGUUACGGCAUAA